AUGGAGUUUGCCAUGGUGGGCGCGGACGGCGGCUGCAACAGCAGCCACCUGCCGUACGGGUAUGCCCAGGCGCGGCGGGAGAGGGAGAGGGACAGGGAGAGGGAGCGCCAGCAGGCGGCCCAAGGAGGAGGAGGAGGAGGAGGAGGAGGAGGAGGAGGAGGCUCCAUCACCACCACCACCUCCUCAUCCUCCUCCAGCGCGCAUCUCCAUAACAACCAGCAGCAUCCGUCACGCGCUGCCUCCUCCUGCACGAGCGCCAACAUCAGCAGCAGCUCCUCCUCCUCCUCCUCCUCUUCCUCCUCCACCACCUCCUCCUCCUCCUCCUCCGGGCAGCAGCAGAGGGCUGUGAGGGAGCGGAAGAGCCGGUGGAGACGCAGCACCCUCGGCGGGGACCUGCGCCACUCGGAGCUGGCGCUGCUCGGGUCCGAGGAGGACAUGAUGAUCCAGGAGGAGGAGGAGGAGGAGGAGGAGGCGGAGGACGAGGAGGAGGAGGAGGAGGAGGGGAGGGAGAAGGAGGAGCAGGGGGGCAAAAGGUCCAGCUUUCUGUGCCACAUGGACGGGGACUCGGACACGGUGUCGCUGCCGGAGCGGCGGCCGCGCUCCGGCUACGGGAGCGCGCACAGCGCGCACGGCUCCCCGGGCUCCCCGGGCUCCCCGGGCCGCUGCUGCUGCUGCUGCGAGCGCGUCGUCAUCAACGUGUCCGGCCUCAGGUUCGAGACGCAGCUCAAGACGCUGGCGCAGUUCCCGGACACGCUGCUGGGGGACCCGGACCGGCGCAGCAGGUACUUCGACCCCCUCAGGAACGAGUACUUCUUCGACAGGAACCGGCCCAGCUUCGACGCCAUCCUCUACUUCUACCAGUCCGGCGGGAGGCUCAAGAGACCCGUCCACGUGCCGUUUGACAUCUUCUCCGAGGAGGUGAAGUUUUACGAACUCGGGGACGAGGCCAUACUCAAGUUUCGGGAGGACGAGGGGUUUGUGAAGGAGGAGGAGAAACCCUUGCCGGAGGACGAGUUCAAGCGUCAGAUCUGGCUGCUGUUCGAGUACCCGGAGAGCUCCAGCCCGGCCCGGGGCAUCGCCGUGGUGUCCGUGCUGGUCAUCGUCAUCUCCAUCGUCAUCUUCUGCCUGGAGACGCUGCCGGAGUUCAGGGACGAGAAGGAGUACCUGCAGCCCCGACUGCAGCAGGACAACUCCUCCUCCCUCCCAGACCACGGCUUCACCCCCUUCAACGACCCCUUCUUCAUCGUGGAGACCGUGUGCAUCAUCUGGUUCUCCUUCGAGAUCAUCGUGCGCUUCUUCGCCAGCCCCAGCAAGCCUGCGUUCUUCAAGAACAUCAUGAACUCCAUAGACAUCGUCUCCAUCUUGCCUUAUUUCAUCACUUUGGGCACGGACCUGGCGCAGCACCACGAGGGCAACAACGGGCAGCAGGCCAUGAGCUUCGCCAUCCUCAGGAUCAUCCGGCUGGUGCGGGUGUUCCGCAUCUUCAAGCUGUCCCGCCACUCCAAGGGGCUGCAGAUUUUGGGUCACACUUUACGCGCCAGCAUGCGCGAGCUGGCGCUGCUCAUCUUCUUCCUGGUCAUCGGAGUCAUCCUCUUCUCCAGCGCCGUGUACUUCGCCGAGGCGGACGAGCCCGCCUCGCAGUUCACGAGCAUCCCCGACGCCUUCUGGUGGGCCGUGGUUACCAUGACGACGGUGGGAUACGGGGACAUGAAGCCCAUCACCGUCGGGGGGAAGAUAGUGGGCUCGCUGUGCGCCAUCGCCGGCGUGCUGACCAUCGCGCUGCCGGUGCCGGUCAUAGUGUCCAACUUCAACUACUUCUACCACCGGGAGACCGACAACAACGAGGACCAGCAGCAGCAGUCUCCGGCGGAGGAGAGGGAGAGCAUGCCGCCGGGCUGCCCGUACUUCCCCGACUUUUUGAGGAAGUUUAAAAAAAAAGGCUCUCCCUCGGGCUCGUCGCUGGGAGACAAGGCGGAGUACAUGGAGAUGGAGGAGGGGGUGACGGAGUCGCUGUGCGGGCUGGACAAGAGCCCCAGUAAAGGCAACGGCACGGACAUCAGUAGAAAAAACAGUACUAACUCCAAGUCAAUUCAGACUGACGUGUGAUUAAAAGCAGUUUUUUUUUUUUUUUUUUUUUUUUUUUUUACACCCUAAAGCCUGAAUUAUGGUUC